AUGGCUCUCUUCCUGGCUAUUAAUUUGGCUGAAUGGCACGAGAGGUCGUCGGUAAUCAAUGCUCCAAAUUUGUGCCAAAAUGUCCGAUCGAAAGAAGAUGAUGAAGUUUUGCUGAUCACAAAAUUCGGGAUUUGUCAAUCCCAGUACGCUCGAACAGUGCCAAGACCUGGUGGUCAUAUACUCGAGUGGGAUAACUCCGAUCAAUUGGAAAUGAAAAAUGGAACAAAAUACCGAACAAACCCCGUAAUCGGGGUUGGCCAGAACCCAAUUCGGGGGACAUUGAGAACAAUAUCUUGUGAAGCAGGUGUU